CCUCCUGAGUAACUGGGAUUACAGUAUCUGGCACCAAUUCUGACCCAGUCAUUUGUGAUCCCUGGCUCUUGUGAUAUGCGGAAGAUUUCCAGGCAGUUUUUGUGGAACACCUCCCCGUCCAGCUCUAAUCAAGCACCAUAUAAACAAGAAAUUGCCUGGUCAAACCUGUGAGGACUGUAUUCUGACUGUCAAAAAGAUCAAUACUGACACCAGAAUGGCAGCUACUCUUAAGUCGUUAAAACUUUUAAGAUACCGAGCACUUUGCAGUCCUUCUGCCUGUGGUGCAGCCCGAAGUGUAUCAUACUGGAAUGUGAGCAGCAAACAGCAUGGGGGACAGGACCCUCCAGAACACAUUAGCCUCUGCCAUUCUGCCAAAAAAGUUAAGAACAUUUGUAGCACCUUCUCUUCUCGGAGGAUCCUCACAACCAGCAGUGCCUGCCCAGGUUUGGAAUUCAGCAAGACUUCUUCCUCUAAGGCCAGCACUUUGCAGCUGGACUCACCCAGGGCCACAAGAGUUGAUGAAGAGGAUGUAGAAGUUUUUGAUUCCUUUGCAAACGUCCGAGUUUUCCUACAGCUAAGACCAGAAUACCGUGUUCACAGCUAUAACGCAUCCGAGACUUCUCAGCUCCUGUCUGUUUCAGAAAGUAAACUAAUUUUGCACAAAGUCACAGUUUAUCAGAAUAAACUGCAGGCCCAAGUCAUUGUUGAUUAUUUGUGUAAGCUGAGCUCUUUGCCUGCAGAGCAGCAUCCUCUCUUGCUGCGCAGUACCAGCUUUGCUCUGCUCUGCCAGCUGAGUGUGAAGAAGAUACAGCUCUUUGAUACCCAAGAUCUGAUCAAUGUUUUGAAAGCUUUUGUCAUUUUAGGAAUCCCUCACUCCCAUUCAAUGCUAGAUGUGUAUGAGACCAAAUGUUGCCAUCAAGUAUGGGAGAUGAGUAUGGAUCAGCUCCUUUUGGUGGCUGAUCUCUGGAGGUACUUAGGCCGCAAAGUACCUCGGUUUUUAAACAUUUUUUCUAGUUAUCUUAAUUUGCACUGGAAAGAUCUAUCCUUGUCUCAGCUUGUUCACUUAAUUUAUGUUAUAGGUGAAAAUCGUCAGGUAUCCCAGGACCUAAUGCAAAAAUUGGAAUCAUUGAUCCUUAAAUAUAUAGAUUUGAUCAAUUUAGAGGAGGUUGGUACCAUCUGUUUGGGGUUCUUUAAAUCAAAGACUAGUCUCUCUGAAUUUGUCAUGCGGAAAAUUGGAGACUUGGCUUGUGCUAACAUGCAGCAUCUGAGUAGUCACGCCUUAGUGAAUAUUGUUAAAAUGUUCCGUUUCACUCAUGUGGAUCACAUCAAUUUCAUGAAGCAGCUUGGAGAGAUUGCUCCUCAGCGAAUUCCUUCACUGGGAGUUCAAGGUGUCAUGCACCUGACUCUCUGCUGCUCGGCCUUACGCUUCCUGGAUGAAGGAGUAAUGAAUGCAGUGGCUGCGUCUUUGCCUCCUAGAGUGGCACACUGUCGAACUAAAGAUGUUGCCAAGAUUCUGUGGUCAUUUGGAACUCUGAAUUAUAAGCCACCCAAUGCAGAAGAAUUUUACUCCAGCCUGAUAAAUGAGAUUCACAGAAAGAUGCCUGAAUUCAACCAGUACCCAGAACACCUGCCCACCUGCCUGCUGGGCCUGGCAUUUUCAGAGUACUUUCCAGUAGAGUUAAUUGAUUUUGCUCUCAGUCCAGGGUUUGUCAGGUUAGCUCAGGAGAGAACCAAGUUUAACCUCAUUAAGGAACUGUAUACCCUCGACGGUACAGUUGGCAUUGAGUGUCCAGAUUACAGAGGCAAUCGUCUUAGUACUCACCUUCAGCAAGAGGGGUCUGAAUUUCUGUGGAAUUUAGCAGAGAAGGAUAUGAACUCAAAGCCUGAAUUCUUAGAAACUCUCUGUUUACUUGAGACCAUGUUGGGGGGGCCCCAGUACGUCAAGCACCAUAUGAUUUUGCCUCAUACCCGAUCUUCUGACUUAGAGGUCCAGCUUGAUGUUAACCUGAAGCCAUUACCAUUUAAUAGAGAAGCCACACCAGCUGAAAAUGUAGCCACAUUAAGGCUUAAGCAUGUGGGAGUCAGCCUUACAGAUGAUUUGAUGAAUCAGUUACUAAAAGGGAAAGCAAGAGGACAUUUCCAGGGUAAAACUGAGUCAGAGCCUGGGCAGCAGCCCAUGGAGUUAGAGAAUAAGGGCUGUACCUUUGGGGGGCUUCCUUUGCAAUGUAGCAGAUAAAUCAGGGGCCAUGGAGAUGGCUGGCCUGUGCCCCUCAGCCUGCAUGCAGACCCCAGGAAUGAAGCUGGCUAUUCAGUUCACAAACAGGAACCAAUAUUGCUAUGGCUCCAGGGAUCUCCUUGGACUGCACAGUAUGAAGAGGCGGCAGCUGGCUCGGCUUGGCUACCGUGUGGUAGAGUUAUCCUACUGGGAAUGGUUCCCACUACUGAAACGAACUCGCUUAGAAAAGUUGGCAUUUCUUCAUGAGAAAGUAUUCACCUCUGCUCUCUGAAGGGCAUUUAGGGGCAUUUCUAUGACAAAGCUGUAGGUGUAUACUGUACCAGGUGUUGCAAAAUGAUUAUAAAAGCCAGAAUGUAAGUUUGGCAAUAAAAUAGUCUAUUGAGGAGACUUAGUUGUGUCCAAGGCAGAUUAGAGCUAGUGUAUGUUACUGUGAAUUGUAAUGUAGUUGGAUUGUACAAAUUGCUGCAAAUGUAUACAUAUUACUCUUAGUAAAUAAUAAACAUCUUAAUAUGUCCUAAGGUCAAGUAA